CAGAGAGAGAUCCGCGAUAAUCGAAACCCCCGAAAUCCGUCUCCAGCAAAGGGCAAUCAGAGGAGUUCGGUGGCGCAACACGACAGGAGCGCCGGCUCGAUCGCUCAGGACGACAGGCCAAAAGGCGCAUCCCUUUAACGAACAUCGCCAGCCGUUCUUGAACGCGACGCAGCCUGGAUUCGCCUACCAAGACCAUACGCCGUCGUCGAGAUGGAGGGCCAGCCAAGCCCGCCCGUCGAGGCUACGCCGCCGAAGCAGCCGUCCACAUCACCAGCCCGCAGCUCGACCACACCAUCGACAUCCGGGGCUACGACGACGACAACCACGACGGCGGGGCAGAUCAGUUUCCGAAGACAACGAGCUUCGAGAGCAUGCGAGACAUGCCAUGCCCGCAAAGUCCGCUGCGAUGCCGCAAGCCUCGGCGUUCCGUGUACCAACUGCGUCGCCUUCCAGAUCGAGUGCCGCAUCCCGCAGCCGAAACGGAAGAAGGCGCAAGGUGCCGUCGUGCCGACCAGAGACUCAGACAGCGAGCGAGGAGACGAAGACCGGUCGCCGCUCCCGCCGGGCACUACCACAUUCCCCAGUGGCACGCGACCUCCCGCCGUUUACCAUACCCACGAGGGCACUCCUUCGACGGCCAACACCGAAGCCGAGCAACAGAAAAAGGAGGAAUUUGAUAAUGCCACACUUGCCAGCUACAUGAACCUCGUCAUGAAACCCAAGUUCACGAGAGCACCCAUCACCGAGGCCGGCAGGGUGGCUUAUCUUGGCGAGUCCUCCAACCUCACACUCCUGGUCCACGACCGCCAGAAUGACGGUGACGUCGUUCACUACCCGCUGCCGGAAAACAUCAGAGGCUCACGAGCGCGAUUGACCGAGCUGGACAACAUCGAGAUCGAUAUUCUACAUCAACGAGGCGCUUUCCUUCUCCCACCGCGCGCGCUCUGUGACGAGCUAAUCGACUCGUAUUUCAAAUGGGUUCACCCCAUCGUGCCCGUGAUCAACAAGACGAAGUUCAUGCGCCGGUACAAAGAUCCGAAAAACCCUCCAUCGCUUCUCCUACUACAGGCCAUGCUUCUCGCGGGCUCGCGAGUCUGCACCAACCCCCAGCUAAUGGACGCAAACGGCUCCUCCACGCCUGCGGCACUGACCUUUUACAAAAGGGCCAAGGCUCUGUACGAUGCAAAUUACGAAGACGACCGAGUUACUAUCGUUCAGUCACUUUUGCUGAUGGGUUGGUACUGGGAAGGGCCUGAGGAUGUCACCAAGAACGUCUUCUACUGGACCCGGGUGGCUACAAUAGUAGCGCAAGGGUCGGGCAUGCACCGUAGCGUGGAGGGUUCGCAGCUCAGCUUGUCGGACAAACGGUUGUGGAAGCGGAUCUGGUGGUCUCUUUUCACGAGAGACAGAUCCGUAGCCGUCGCCCUUGGACGGCCGUGCCAUAUCAACCUCGACGAUUCGGAUGUCGAGAUGCUGACCGAGGAUGACUUUAUCGAGGAUGAGCCCGAUCAACGGAGCGAGUAUCCUCCGGAUCCCGUUCACGUGCAGUUCUUCCUGCAAUACGUCAAGCUGUGCGAAAUUAUGGGAAUCGUGCUCUCGCAGCAAUACUCGGUCGCGGCAAAGGGACGCAGGCACAACCCGAUUGACCUAACCCACAGCGACAUGGCUCUUGCCGAUUGGCUGCAGAACUGCCCCAAGAUUGUGUAUUGGGAGGUGCCGAGGCACCAUUUCUGGGCCGCCCUGCUACAUUCAAACUACUACACGACGCUAUGUCUGUUGCAUCGGGCUCACAUGCCACCGAGCGGUUCCAGCAGGUUCGCGGAUGAUUCGGCGUAUCCGUCUCGGAACAUCGCCUUCCAGGCGGCGGGCAUGAUCACGUCCAUCAUCGAGAACCUGUCAGCACGGGGGGAGCUCCGGUACUGCCCCGCAUUCGUCGUGUAUAGCUUAUUCUCGGCCCUGAUCAUGCACGUGUAUCAGAUGAGGUCACCGGUGCCCUCGAUACAGCAGGUCACCCAAGAUCGGAUACGGACGUGCAUGAGCGCGCUCAAGGACGUGUCCAAGGUGUGGCUUGUCGGCAAGAUGGUGCACACACUCUUCGAAUCCAUCCUGGGCAAUAAGGUGCUCGAAGAGAGACUCCAGAAGGCGGCAGGCAAAAGACACCGCCAGGCGCAGCAGAGCCUGUCGCAACUGGAGCAGCACCGCUACGCGCAAGAACAGAAGCGCAAGUACGAUGAGAUGGCGAUCGACUUCAGCGUUGGCACCCCCCAGCCGCAAGAAUCGUAUGAGCGCUCGAGGCCGCAGACACCAAGCCUCGCGUCGAAGAAUGAACCUGGUCCCAACGCCAUGCCACCUCCGAAUAACACAUCACCGCACACACGGAACAACGGCGACGCGUUUAUGGGAGGGACAGCAUCGCGCCCUCACACACGGCCCGCCACUCCCUUUAAUCCCUCCUUCUCGGUGCCAGCAACCCCGCCUGACCUCUACCUCGUCACGAGGAACUCGCCGAAUCUGUCGCAGGCCGUCUGGGAGAACUUCCAGCCGGACCAGCUCUUCCCGGAGAGCGCCAACGCGCCUUUGUUCCAGCAACUUUCUCCUCAACAAACCCCACAAAGCCUCGACCAGCAAAUGAUGACACAGAUGCAGAAUCAAAACAUGCAAGGACAACCGAUGGACGGCGGACAAAACGCAUACGGACAAACCAUACCCAAGCGUGGAAUGGGCGGCAGCCCGAUGCAGCAAAAUGCAAUGCUACAGCCGGGCAUGGCGGGCUCCUACCAAGGGCAGCAAGGCAGCGCAAGCAUGUGGCAGGGAUAUGAUGCGCCCAUGGUUGACGGGCAGAGCCCGAGCGAUAGCUGGAGCUCGGGUUCCGCUCCCGGCCAGCCAGUUCCGGCGACACUCAAUGUGGAAGACUGGUAGGUCUCAUUACACCGCGUAUAUCACACGUUUCAGACAGCGGCAUGAUUCUGAUUGCCCUUGCAGGUUCCAGUUCUUCGGUAUUCAAAACGACUCCGGAAAUCCUAUGAAUCUCGACAAUCUGCCCAUGCUUUAGAUGAACCUGUGUCUGCCUCCUUGUCGCCGACAACACAACGUUAUCACCAUCAUCAUCAUCAUCAUUAUUAUUGAGAACAACAACAACAACAACAACAACAGCAGCAGCAGCAGCAGCAGCAGCAGCAUCAGGGUCGGGCAUGUCUUCUGAAAAGAACAGUCGCGUCUUGUUCUCUUUCUGGAAUGAGGUCAAUGACAACGAGGAAUCACAGGCUUUGUGCAACUGGCUGUUAGGGGAAACGCUACGAUGUGCAAGCUUUUGGUGGAAGUGUAUCUGUACCAUGGGGGUCUGGGGAUGUCCAACGAGCGGUAAAACUGAGCUUGGCCGAUGUGCUUGUGGUAGUAUGUUCCAAGGACUCAAUUUAAUUAAGGGUACUUCUGUCUCCGGCUGCGUCGGUGUUGUAUAUAGACGAAAGUACUGUACAUACACCUACCCACUUACCCCAAAACUGCAGUAACAGUUACUCUCACAUCACUCGGCAUA